UAUGUUGUCCUUUCCUUAGAGGCCACCAUAUACCUUUCUUUCUUUUUUCUAGAACAUGCAAUGCACUUAUUUCAUUAAGAAGAAGAAUCACAUACCUUUCCUCAAAGGCUGAGACUUGCAAGCUGCAACGCUAUCUCAGGAUCUAUGCAGUUUGCCUUUAGUAGAUAUCCAAGCGCUCAGCUACACUGCACUCCAGGAAUCAGUGCAAAAGCUUCAGGCUAAGAAAGAAAGUGGUAUAUAAUUGCAGAGCACAUUGCCUCCACUCCAUCUGCAAGCUCUAUCGGACACAACACAAAUAAUUCCUGUGCGUGCGAGAGCGCAAGGUCCAUACUAUAGCCAUGAGCGGAGGAGCUGAGAUGAUGGCCGGUGCCGUUGUGCAGCGUGUGGCCGGCAUGCUCGGUCAGGCCGCCUGGCAAAGGGUGGAGCUGCUUUGGACGUUCAGCGAUGAUGUUGAGGAGAUGAAGGACAAGUUGGUCGCCGUGCAGGCUGUGCUGGUCGAUGCCGAGAAGCGCUCCCGAGGGAGUGAAGGCGCACCGGUGCAGGUUUGGCUCAAGAAGCUCAAAUCUGCUGCCUACAACAUUGAAGACACCCUUGACGAGCUGGAGGCCAAUACAAUGAUAUGGAGGAGUCGCACAUGCCUGGUUAAAUUGGUGUUCACGUCAUUCAAUCCACUAAUGACGCGACUCACUGUGUCAAACAAGAUGAGACAAAUCAGAGGAAAGCUAGAUCAAAUAGCUGAGGAACAAAAAAAGUUCAAUUUUCUGCAACUGGCAGAUAGAAGACAAGCUAUGACCAUUAGUAACCAAGAAACAUAUGUGGGUCGCAGUGAUAAAGUCGAGAUGGUUGGAAGAGAAACUGAGAAAAAUAGUAUAUUAAAUUUUUUAUCGCAGAAAGUUGAUCAAUUGAAAAUAGCCAUCAUUCCCAUUGUUGGCUUUGGUGGUAUGGGUAAGACGACACUCGCAAAAUCUGUUUUCAUUGCUAAGGAGACAGAUAGGUUUGAUGUGAAAGCAUGGGUCCAUGUCUCAGAGGAGUUUGAUUUGAAGAAGAUUGCCGCUGCUAUUAUCUCUCAGGUUGAGGGCAGCUCCCAAGCAAAUGAUACUAGAUUACAGAAUCUAAAUUCUGGCCUUGAACGCAUACUUUCAGGCAAGAUUUAUUUUAUUGUCUUGGAUAACCUAUGGGAGAAGAGGGGAGACAAUUUGGAGAAGUUGAUGGAAAUGCUACAGUAUGGUAAUAACGGCAGCAAGAUAAUAGUAACCACCCGAAGUGAUCAAGUUGCUGCAGCAUUAUCUAGAAUCCGACCUUCACAGUUUCAUACUGUUCCAAAAACUAAAUUGGGGCUCUUAUCAAGUGAUGAUUGCUGGUCUAUUAUGAAUGUUCCAUCUCUAGGAAGUGGGCAAGAUGUCGAGCUUGUAGAGGCUGGAAAAGAAUGUGCAAAGAAGUGUGGUGGAGUACCACUAGCUGCGAAAUCUCUUGGUCAUUUGAUGAAUAAGAAUUGCACAAGAGAAGAAUGGCUGAAAAUUAGAGACAGUAAUAUUCUUGAGAUCAAAGAAGAUGACUAUGGGAUCAUGAGUGGCUUGAUGCUAAGUUAUCACCACAUGCCCCCACAUCUUAAACUCUGUUUCAUGUAUUGCUCUGUCUUUCCUAAGAGCCAUAACAUAGAUCAUGAUAGCCUGAUUCAACAAUGGAUUGCUCUGGGGUUCAUUCAAGAUGCUCGUGGGAUCCCACUCCAACGGAUUGGUGGGGAAUGUAUCAAUGAUUUCUUGGGGAUGUCCUUCCUUACUCUUUCAACUACCCCUGAGGCCAUUGAUUCAGGGAGAUUCAAACCCACACUGAAAUUCCAUAUGCAUGAUAUGGUACAUGAUCUUGCAGUAUAUGUUGCCAGUGAUGAAUUCUCGUAUGUAAACACGAAGGUGCAUAACAAUAAGAAUGACAAUCGAAAUUGUCACUAUCAGCUAUUGAUGAACCAUAAUGAAGCUUCAUCAGCUUGUAAGUUUUUCCCAACGAAGGUCAGGGCCCUACAUUUUAGGGGAUGCGAUAAAAUGCAUCUUCCUAAGCAAGCAUUCUCACACACAUUAUGCUUGAGAGUUUUGGAUUUGAGUGGAUGUCAUAUGUCAGAGCUACCAAGUUCUAUUUAUAAACUAAAGCUAUUAAGGUAUCUUGAUGCUUCUAACCUUCCUAUAUCAACCUUGCCUAAAUCCUUGAACCGUCUCUUGAACUUUCAAACCUUGAUACUUUCAAAUACUUCUCUGAAGACACUGCCCACAAACAUCGGCUGCCUCCAAAGGCUUCAGUACUUUGACCUAUCAGGAUGUGUCAGUCUUUCUGAGCUUCCCAUCUCUUUCGGGAGCCUACGUGCUCUUCUCUUCCUAAACUUAGCAAGUUGCCAUGAACUGCAUGCAAUUCCAAAAUCCUUUGGCCAUUUGCGGAGUCUUCAAUUUUUGAGCCUAUCUGAUUGCUACAAACUCCACUCACUACCAGAAUCUUGUUGUCAACUUCAUGAUCUGACACAUCUUGAUCUGUCGGAUUGCCAUAACAUUGGAAAGCUCCCGGAUUGCAUUGGCAAUCUUUCUAAGCUUGAGUAUUUGAACAUGACGAGUUGUUCCAAGGUUCAAAUGUUGCCUGAGUCUCUAUGCAAACUCAUGAUGUUAAAGCAUCUAAAUUUGUCAUUUUGCAUCAAGCUUAAGCAUCUUCCCUCCUGUAUUGGUGUUUUACGACUUCAAAGUUUGGAUCUUCAAGGCUGUGUUUUCCUUAGUGACUUGCCGGAUAGCAUUUUUAAAAUGUCAUCACUUCAAAAUGUUGAGGGGGAACUUUCAAAAGCAUAUUUUGAAGUUGAAAAACUUAAGAAGAGUCUGAAGUUACAAGGGUCCUACGAGCUUGAUGGAGGACGACGCAUUGAUCUGUGGAGUCAGAUUGUGAAUCUCGAGAAUAAACUCUGCCGUGAGCUAGUGAUCAAUGGUCUUGACAACGUGAUGCAUUUGGAAGGGGCAAAGCAAGCUAAGCUGUCCAACAACUCGAAGCUUACCAAGCUGGCUCUUGUAUGGGAACAUAAUCAAGGUAGUCCGGUGGAGCAUGCAGAUGCAACGGCUGACAUAUCGGUGCUGGAGAAGCUAGUGCCUCCUAGAAGUCUCCAACACCUUACUCUACGUGGCUAUAUGAGCAUAGCCUUCCCUAGUUGGAUGCUGGACAUUGCGUCCUACCUACCUCAUCUUACCAACGUAGUUCUUGCCACUUUGAUGCGGUGCAGCCGCCUCCCUCCACUUGGCCGCCUGCCAAACCUUCGAGCAUUGACCAUAGGUGAAAUGCCCAGCAUCAAGAAAAUUGACAGGGAAUUUUACGGAGACCAUGGAAUUUGCCAUAAGCUAAGAGUGAUUCUCUUGUUCUCAAUGGGCAACUUGGAAGAGUGGUGGACAACGAGAUCAUCCAAUGAAGAUGCGGAGUUCUUAAUCCCUAAUUUACAUCUGCUGGGUGUUUCGGAUUGCCCAAAGUUGAAGUUCCUGCCUUAUCCCCCAAUGAGCUUGACGUGGGAUUUAAAGAAUAGUGAUCGCGUGUUGCCGGAGCAUGGGUUUGGGAGUCUCUCAUCUACCACUUCUCCAUUUGCUCUUGGGUUCUCGAGCUCAUCCCCGUCUUCUGAAGUGUGGCGUAGGGCCCGGUACCUUUCUACAAUCGAGUAUCUUAGGCUAAACACCACGGGCCUUGGAACCUUGCCACAGGCUAUCCAAUGCUUCACCUCCCUCCAUAUACUCGAGAUGGAUAGUUGUCACGAUUUGGUGACACUGCCGGAAUGGCUGGGAGACUUGACUUCUUUGACAGAAAUUUGCAUCACAGCGUGCCCAAAGCUGUCUUCGCUGCCGGCGAGCAUACGGCGCCUUACUGAGCUGAAGAAACUAGAGAUCAUCAACUGCCCAACACUGUCAGAGAAGUGCCAAGGAGAGGACAGGCACAAGAUUGCUCAUAUACCACACGUCAAAUUCCAGUAACCAGAGCGCUGGGAGCACGCACGCGUGUGAAGCGGAAGUCGCUGCCCAUGUGUGUUUUCCACGACUACAAAUCGAUUGGUAUGCACAUGCCGCUUGCACUGCUAAAUACUUGCAUUGGUUGCUUUAGUU